AUGCGAAUAAAUAAUUGCGAGAUUUCUAAAAGACCGCCUGUGGAGGAAACGGCACAGUUUUUGCAGACACUGUUAGCAAAUCACGGCCCCAAUUAUCUCGAAAAAUUAUUCGGCAAUAAAGCCAGAGAUGCUUUGGCACCACUCGGAGGCUCCCAUAAAGUGGCCGUCGCUCUAUCA